CAACCACUCAAGCCAGAGCCCACAUCGCGAGAAGUAGACGACUUUCCGAUCAGAGAGCAGAACCGGUGGCUACCUAUCGCCAAUGUAGUGGCCAGAGUGAUGAAGGCGGCGCUUCCGUCCAAUGCCAAACUCUCCAAAGACUCUAAGGAGUGCAUCCAAGAAUGCGUCUCGGAGUUUAUAUCCUUCAUCACCUCCGAAGCUGCUGAAAGGUGUCAGGCGGAGAAACGCAAAACGCUCAAUGGAGAAGACUUACUCAACUCCUUUAGAGAUUUAGGAUUUGAAAACUACGCCGAAACGUUGAAGAUCUACUUGGCAAAGUACAGGGAG